AUGCUUUUUGAGGACUAUCCUUACAGAGUACCCAGGGAUGACUCCCACACAGCGCGGCCUUUGGAGUUUGGUGCCCGUGCACCACCUCCUCAUAGCGUUAGAGGCCAAGGCAUCUAUCCAGCACCCAGAGCGCUCCCAGAGAGUGGAGAAGACACACUAGUACAGGCCAUACUAAACCUGGACAGAGGGGAGGACAGAGACCACUACAGGAGAAAGGCAGCCCCGUUUCCUCCCCUCAGAGAUCGUUCUCCCGUGCGCCGAGAGGUGGCCCGCUCCCCGCACAGCCGCUCUGGCUCCAGCGUCAGCAGCAGAGGAUACUCACCAGACAGAGCCAAGAGCCUCCCUUUCCCCUCACAGCAAGGCAAGAGUGUGGAUGGUCCAGAGGGUCACACGGGUGUUUCUGAGCACCUCUGGGGGGCACUCUUUCCUCAACAGAGUGGACAUGACACUUUGGGGUAUGAAGAGACUUAUUCUCAGAGCAGGAUGAUCGACAAAAUUCCUGGCCUGUCAAGAGAGGGAUCCCCACAGAGUGCAACAUCUGUCAAGGAGGAAAACCCCCCUCCAGAAGGAGAAAAAGAAGAGCCACUGGUAGCUCCCGUCAUGGAAGAGAGCCAAAAAUCUACAGACAAUUUCCACGAGCGACGAGCCCUUGCCAUCGCAGCCAAAGCCCAGGAGAUAGAAAAGGUGUAUCGUCAGGACUGCGAGACGUUCGGAAUGGUGGUGAAGAUGCUGGUGGCUAAAGAUCCCAACUUGGAGAAGCAGCUGCAGGUUCCCCUCCGAGAAAACCUCGGGGAGAUCCGUGAACGUUGCCUAGAGGACCUCAAACAAUUCAUCAGCGAGCUAGACGACGUCAUCCGGCAGCCUGAAACUUCCACCUGUGACUCAACCACUCCCUCUACAUCCCAGUCGGGUCAUAAACUUUCAAAGACAGCAGUCAAUCACAGCUCAUCUUACUGACACAUCAGCCGGAUGUGCUGCGUUAAUGUGAGACAGAGGAGGAAGGCUUGACGGUUUGAAGUCCGGAUUGUUCAGCAGCUCAAACCGAAACCAUGGAGGUAAGCAUGGAGAAAACAGGUCACCAUGGAGAGAGGACAUCCUUUGCAGGAAUGACCAGUGUUAUUUUUGAACGGACCAUUUUUACCUUCAAGUUUUCUGUGGGAAUUUAUCAAUCAUAAAGAAAACGUUCUGUUAAGUAAAAGAAACACGUUCUUUAUUUAAAAUUAUUCUCGUCUCACAUUGUGAAAAUGGUUAACAAGGGGUUUAUUAUUUAAUCUUCUUUUUGAUGAGAAUAUUUUGUGGAGAGCAGAGAUUCAGUUCUCCAGCAUGAUCGGUUUUUGUAGUAUUUUCAGCUAUGUAAAUUUUUCUUUUGUAGCAGAUAUUUGACUUGGUGCUGCUAAAUUUACAACAGGUUGACAUACUUGUAUAAAUUUGUACUGUAAAAAAGCAGUUAAAUUCA